AUGUUAGUCCCGGGCAGUGAUGAGAGAAAAAUCCAUAAAUCGAUUACAGUCGGGGCAGAUUGUGUCGUGUAUGAUCUCGAGGACAGUGUCUCAUCGAGUAAAAAGGGAACAGCUAGACACAUGGUGAUUGAUGCCUUGGAGGCUUCAGAACAUGGAAAAGCAGAGAAGGCAGUUAGAAUCAAUGCUGUCGGAUCAGGACACGAGCUGGAUGAUCUCAAUGUCAUUCUGCAUUCGAAACGACUCCAAGCUAUCGUGAUUCCCAAGGUCCAGAGUGCAAAAGAUAUCCAAUUUGUCAGUAGAAUGAUUGACUCGGUAGCAGUAGAGUCCCAACGUGAGCGUAUCCGAUUGAUCGCAUCUAUUGAAAGUGCUCUCGGCAUGAUGAAUAUUAAGGAAAUUGUCACAGCAGAUCCUCGUUUAGAUGCAUUAAUAUUUGCUGCAGAGGACUACUGUGCAGACCUGGGAUUGAUAAGAACAAAAACACGAGAGGAAAUGCUAUUUGCUCGUCAACUCAUUGUGAAUGCAGCAGCCGCCUAUGGUUUGCAAGCCAUUGAUUUGGUGUGUGUGGACUAUCAAGACCAGGAAACGCUCUUACAAGAAUGCAAAGAAGGCAGAGAAUUCGGGUUUGCUGGAAAACAGGCUAUUCACCCUGACCAAAUCGACAUUAUCCAAAAGGCAUUUUUACCUGAUCCUAACGAUUUGGAGAGGGCAGUGCACAUUGUGAAUGGAUUCCAGGUCAACUCACAAAAAGGUAUUGGCGCAUUCAGCUUGGAUGGCAAAAUGAUUGAUAUGCCUGUAGUCAAGUGGGCCGAGAAAGUAAUUGCUCGAGCAACAGCUGGUGGAAUGCAAAUACCCAAGGUGGAAGACAAGGUGAAGAAGGACGAGGAGAAGAAAUAA